AACCAAGAUCUCCUGGUUCAUAGUUUGACACUCAACCAUUGAGCGACACUGGCCGGGCCCUUCUCAGCCUUUUUAAACACAGUGUGACUCAGAGGGGGGCAGAGCAAGCUGUGGGGGGACCCCCCGGCUCUAAGCCCCCAGCUCCCCGCAGCCAGGACUGUUGUCUAGCAGGGCUCUCUGUGGGCACGGGCUGGGCCUCAUACAGGGCAGGCCCUGGUCUCACCUGCUAGCUGCUGGGAGCCUCGCCAGCCUCCCUGUGUUUCCUCUUCCUCCUCAGGCUGGUGGAACCGCUGCUGUCUGCGGCCGGAUUGCCUGCCCGGGCUCCUCCACAGGGGCUGCCCUCCUGAAGACGGCUGCCAGACCUGCUCCGCCUCACCCCGGGCACCAUGUCUGGGACCCCAAGGCUCUAAGCACACACCCUGCCCUGGCUGCUCUGGUUGCUGAGCCCGCCCUCCGGCCACACCUCCUGGUUCGUGCCCAUGCACUGACCCUGGGAACCAGACAGGAGGAAGCAGAGGACGGAGGAGGCCAGGCCAUGGCUGCUCCCAGGCCGUAUCCGGGCGCCUGAGGCUUGGGAGGAAAGGGGCUUCUGGGGCUCCCAGGGCCUCUGCCCAUUGUCCUACCCACCCUUCCCCUUUGGCGAGGUGCCAGGAAGCUGCGCCUUUGUUGCCUGGGUGAUCAGCUACAGAGCCUGGACUAAGGCAGACAGGUCCUGCUGCUCCCCAGGCUGUGCACCCUGACUCCAGGAGGGAGAGAGGGAGGCCCUGCCCUCGAACAGCCAAGCUGCCAGGACUCCCGAGAGGUGGCUGCUGGCAUCUCCCACACGGCCCUUUCUGCCAGGGGCCUGUGCCCCUUGGGCUGCCUGAGCCUGGUCACGGAGUGGGAUCUCCUGACCCAGCCUUACCAGGGGCAGAGGGCACUGGGCCUUGAGGAGGGGAUGCCCGCGAGGGCCCCUGUCCAGCCGGCUGCCCCGCCCCUCAGGCCCAGCCUGGCCCCCUUGUUUCCCUGUCUGGUGCCCCGCGCAACCCCCCUGGCGGGAAGCCCCCGCCAUGGCCCAGCACCUGGAGCUGCUGGCAGAGAUGCCCGCGGUGAGCAGGAUGAGCACGCAGGAGCGGCUGAAGCACGCCCAGAAGCGCCGUGCCCAGCAGGUGAAGAUGUGGGCCCAGGCUGAGAAGGAGGCCCAGGGCAGAAAGGGCCACAGGGAGCGGCUGUGGACGGAGGCGGCUGGCGGCAGGCCGCAGAAGCGGGUCCUCUUCCCGCCCAGUGUCACCCUGCUCGAGGCCGCUGCCCGAAAUGACCUGGAGGAAGUCCGCCAGUUCCUUCAGAGCGGGGUCAGCCCGGAUCUGGCCAACGAGGAUGGUCUGACGGCCCUGCACCAGAGCUGCAUUGAUGACUUCCGGGAAAUGGUGCAACAGCUGCUCGAGGCCGGGGCCACAGUCAACGCUCGCGACAGUGAGAGCUGGACCCCCCUGCACGCUGCGGCCACCUGCGGCCACCUGCACCUGGUGGAGCUGCUCAUUGCCCGUGGUGCUGACCUCCUGGCAGUCAACACCGAUGGAAACAUGCCCUACGACCUAUGUGAGGAUGAGCAGACGCUGGACUGCCUGGAGACGGCCAUGGCCAACCGGGGCAUCACCCAGGAGGGCAUUGAGGGGGCCCGGGCCUUGCCGGAGCUGCACAUGCUGGAGCACAUCCGAGGCCUACUGCAGAUGGGGGCUGACCUGGACGCCCCUGGGGACCACGGGGCCACGCUGCUACACAUCGCCGCCGCCAACGGGUUCAGCGAGGCAGCAGCCCUGCUGCUGGAGCACCGGGUCAGCCUGGGUGCCAAGGACCGUGACGGCUGGGAGCCACUGCAUGCUGCUGCGUACUGGGGCCAGGUGCACCUGGUGGAGCUGCUGGUGGCACACGGUGCCGACCUCAAUGGAAAGUCCCUGAUGGAAGAGACGCCUCUUGACCUGUGCGGGGACGAGGAGGUGCGGGCCAAGCUGCUGGAGCUGAAGCACAAGCAGGACGCACUCCUGCGGGGCCAAGGUCGCCAGCCUCUGGCCAUGCCCAGGCCUUUGCCCCCACUGACGGCAGCGGCGGAGGCCACGGUGCCAGCUGGAGCUUGGGGCAGAGUCCACGGGGAGGGAAGCGUCCUCCACAACCUCACCCUGCGCUCCCCUAGGAAGGUGGUGAGGCGGGUGAGUCUGACCCAGCGCACCAGCCUGUACCGCAAGGAGCAUGCCCAGGAGGCCAUUGUGUGGCAACAGCCACCUCCCACCAGCCCAGAGCCCCAAGAGGAGGAUGAGGAUGGCCAGACAGACACUGAGCUCAGGCCACCGCCCCCUGAGGAGGAGGACUCCGAAGUGUCUAGGCCACACAACGGUCGAGUUGGGGGCACCCCUGGACGGCACCUGUACUCCAAGCGGCUUGACCGGAGUGUCUCCUACCAGCUGAGCCCCCCGGAGAGCGUGGCCCCCGAUAGCCUGGGCCACAGCCUCGGCCGCACCAAGGCCCACCACACCUUGGCGGAGCUCAAGCGCCAGCGAGCAGCUGCUAAGCUGCAGCGCGGGCCUGAGGCCCCCGGGUCUGGUCUGUCGGCGGACACAGAGGCCCCCCAGCCCGAGUGCGGCUCCAGGGCUGUGGGGGACCCGCCCCUGCUCAAGCUCACAGCCCCCUCGGAGGAGGCCCCCGUGGAGAAGAGGCCCUGCUGCCUGCUCAUGUGAGGGGCUGGCGCUCGGGCUGCCCAGGCUCUGCUGCCUCAGGCCUUUUGCUGGAGAUCCUGACGUGUGCCCUGUGGGCAGGCAGCCAGCCAUCUGGGACCCCGCCUCCGCAGGCAGAAAUGGGCCUUGGCAGAAGCCAUACCUGGGGGGCACCUGGCUACAGAGACCUCGUGUCAUCCUGUGACUCUUGAUAAAGAGCCCUCUGCCACCUGC